UCAUUUUGUUAAUGUUCAUUAUCCAAUUUCAAACAAACAAAUCGUUCUACUAAUUUCAAGACUUAGAAGUAAUAAUAUUUGCAGUAAGAUAUACACGGUUUGGUUAUGUUGCAUCGCUAUGCGAAGGAGAUAUUGAACGUAAAAGUAUCGUAGGUUGUGCUUGACAGAUAACUGCUUCCAUUUUGUUUUGUAUAUAUUACGAUAGAAUUCCGCGAAAUUUAAACAAUGCUUCAAAGUUUUUCGUGUAACUUCGAAGUUAUUUGAUUGUAAUCGAAUUAUAAAACUAAUCACUUUGAUGACAAUACAUUGUAGUAGACAAUGGUGGGCACCGCAAGAGAGUUUGUUUGGAGCAAUUAAUUUUAUGCUUUUCUUUUGUCUCAGUGGAUCUACUCUCUUCCAUUUCAUCAGCUCUAUUUAUGAAGGGCCAGGGUUCCUUCCGUUAAAAUGGAUGCCGGAAAAGGCAACAGACACACAAUUUUUACAGUAUUGUUCUGUGUGCAAGGGCUAUAAAGCACCAAGAUCUCAUCAUUGCAGAAAGUGUGGUCGUUGUGUGCUGAAGAUGGACCAUCACUGUCCAUGGAUAAAUAAUUGCGUAGGUCAUUUCAAUCAUGGACAUUUUACAGCAUUUCUGGCAAGUGCAGUGGGUGGAUGCUGUGUUUCUACUUUUACUCUAGUUUCUUGGGUUAUGACUGUAUUGUCUUUGAAACCAUUAUCAUUUCCACCACCUUCUGUAUUCAUACUAAUAUUAGUAAUCUUUAGUAUUGGUUUGUCAAUUGGCGUUGUUAUUGCAGUUGGGAUAUUGUUUUAUUUUCAGCUGUUAGCUAUAAUCAAAAAUCGAACAGAAAUCGAAGCUUGGAUUUUAGAAAAGGCUCACUACCGAAGGCAUGGAACUAAGGACAAAUUUAUUUAUCCAUACUCGAAAGGUUGGCGCUUUAAUGUAAAGCAAGUUCUUACGUGGGACUGUACCCCCGUGGGAGACGGUAUUAAUUGGCCCGUGAUCGAAGGCUGCGAUCAAUACACGUUGACCCGAGAGCAAUUAGCUCAAAAGAAAGAUAAACGGAAGAGGGCUAAAACCUACAGAGUCGUGGAAGAAAUAUCUGGAUCAUGGUUGCCAUUGAGACAUGGUUGGGGUGUGUUUUGUCAUCCACCUUGUACGGAUGAACCUCGUAUUAAACUCAAAUUGGGAGAAAUUGUAAUCGUAACACGAUGGCGGAAAUAUUGGUUAUUUGGAGAAAAAAAAGAAGAUGACGAAAACGACAAGCAAGUACGAAAACGAGGCUGGUUUCCAAGGCCUUGCGCGAUCGAAGUAAUCGAAAAUGAAGCUUACACUUCUGCUUUAACGAAAUCGGAUUGAAACAUUCCUUUCUCCAAUGUAGAAUUUUAACGUAUUUAUAGAUAAGUCGUUGAACGAACGAUGAUAUUUUUGUCUAGUGUUUUAUAUGUAAGUAUCAAUGAUGGAUGAGUGUCUUUAUAUGUUUCAAUGGUCUAAUGUUAAAUAAGUCCUCCUUUCGAAAAAAUGUUUGGAUACUAGAAGUGUCUAUUAGUAUAUUUAUUCUACAAAAAAGAUUAGCACAAAACGAGACUAUACAAGUUCCCCUUCUUUUAUAUAAUUUGCUAUACCCUAACGUAAGGAAUUUGAAUGUGUGUAACGAGUAAACAUCAAUUUUGAUGUAUUAGAUUUGUGUCAGGAGAAUCGCGUUCUGUAUACAAUGACGUGUACAUACUUUUAAUGCAAUUUCGAUCAUUGUAAAUAGAGCUUUUGGUAACCAUUUACUAAACGGUAAUAUAAUUAUAUUUUAUUUUCAAUUAUAACGAACAAUCUAUUGGCUCGGUAAACUAUUAUAACGAUAUUCGCUACUUAUGUUUUUAUCAACAGUUUGUAAUUGACAAAUAAAUGACAUGGUGAAAUGCAA